CCGAGUCAGCGGGAGACGACUACGAUUACGCAAGGCAAACAAACUCCUCUCAUACCAUCACUAGAAUUGAGAUGGUGAAGCUCUGAAGUCAUUAUAGGUUGGAAGGAUUCUAAUUGAGCAUCACCAAAUACAUACACAGCGCAAAACGAGGGGCACUUUUCGCCCACCCCGCGCUCUAAACCAGGAUUUUUUCUUUAUCGAUUGCCCCUCCUCUCACCCCCCCGUUGCCCGAGUACACGGCUUAGCGCGGCGACGAAGACGCCGCCGACGACGACGACGACGAGGAGCCCGCGAUGGAGUACCUCGUGCGCUUCUCCCAGGCCCAUGAGUCCUUCCGGCUCCCGGAGCUGCAGGCUCUCGCCGACCUCGAGGGGAUCGACAUGAAGGUCAUCGAGUACAGCCCUGAUUCCCCCUUCUGCAUAAUCACCCUCCCCUCCCCCUCCGACGCCCCGCGCCUCAUCGCCCGCUCCCUCCUGACCCAGUCGAUCCACCGCCUCAUCGCUUCGGCGCCCUCUCACGAUGCCCUCCACGAGGCCGUCAAGUCCUCUCUCGACGCCCCUGGGCCCACUUCCUUCGACUGGCCCUCCGUUGCCGCAGCCCGCUUCAAAUUCUCCCUCGACUCCUACCAGACCACCCGCCCGCAUGCCGACUUCGUCGCCCUUAUCAACAGCUUCCGCUACCUCCCCCUGCGCGGGGGCAUCGACCUAAAGUCCCCCGAGCUCGAGCUCACCAUCUUUGAGGACUGGGACCUCCACGGCGCCCGCCCCAAGCGCGUCCAUCUCGGCCGCCACCUCGCUGCCGGCGCCCGCCACCUCGGCCUCCGCUACGACCUCAAGAAGCGCGGGUAUAUUAGUACUACCUCAAUGGACGCUGAGCUCGCCCUCGUCACCGCCAACCUCGCCCACGCCGCCCCGGGCCGCCUCUUCUACGACCCCUUCGUCGGAACCGGCUCAUUCCCCAUCGCCUGCGCCCACUUCGGCGCCCUCGCCUUCGGCAGCGAUAUCGACGGCCGCAGUAUCCGCGGCGCCGGCGGCAACCGCAGCGUCCGAGGCAACUUUGCCCAGUACGGCCUCCUCGACCGCAUAGGCGAGUUCUGGACCGCCGACCUGACGAACACCCCCGUCCGGAGGAGCAGGUGGCUCGACGGCAUCGUGUGCGACCCGCCCUACGGUGUGCGGGAGGGCCUGAGGGUGCUGGGGUGCCGGGACCCGGAGAAGACGCCGUGGGUCGUCGAGGCUGGGAAGCAGCGCUACAAGUCGGGAGACUUCAUCGCCCCCAAGAAGCCGUACAGCUUCCUCGCCAUGCUCGACGACAUCCUCCAAUUCGCCUCCGACACCCUCGUCGACGGCGGCCGCCUCUCCUUCUGGAUGCCCACGGCCAACGACGAGGACCAGGAGAUCCCCACGCCGCAGCACCCUCGCCUCGACAUCGUCAUCACGUGCGUGCAGCCCUUCAACAAAUGGUCUCGUAGACUCAUCACGUACCGGCGCAUCCCCGACAGCCAGGUCGACCCUGAAAGGCUGGCCGCCUAUAAGCGCACCGUUGUGGAGGGAACAACAGCAGAUGAACUGAAUCCUUUCCGAAAGGGUUACUUCACCAAGUUCGAAAAAGAAGAACCCCAGUCAUAGAAGCAUAGGAGAAUGGUAAUCAAGAAAAAAAUAUACCUCCACCCAAAGCCAUGUACAGCAGAAUAAAGUCGGUGCCCCGUUCAUUGUUGAUGCUUUGCCUCCGCCUGAUAAGAAAUAAUGUAGAUGCGGUUUGAGUGCAUGUAUGUGUGCCACCACACGCUCGUCUCCUUCUCU